GCUAGUGUUUGUUUGUAAUUACUUAUAAAGGAAUUGUUAACCAUGAUUUUGAGCUUAUGAUUGCUUUUGCUGAGAGAUAUUGGGUAGAUAAAAAGGGGAGAUGAUUUCUACAACACUCGAGUAGUUUCAAUAUUAUUACUUCAUUUUAACCUCAUAUAGGGAACACGAUUUACAACUUGAAGCUCAUCAACCCUGCAUUCAAAGCUUCAGUCCCUCUCUGUUCGAGAUACUUCACUCCACUCCCAUACAAGUAUCACAUCGCCACAUCAUUACAACACAUAAACAUUCAAUAUAUCUAUCUCACCAUGGAUCCCUCACAAAUAAACAUUCCCCCCAUGAAAGAUCUUACCAUCGACAACAUCACUGAAAACACGGUCCGAAUAAAUUCUCAAGGAAGCGAUGAACGUCUCACAUAUGUUAUGGAAAGACUUGUUACACAUCUCCAUGAUUUUGCCCGUGAAACACGUUUGAGUACUAAAGAAUGGAUGGCUGCAUUAGAUUUCUUGGUGGGGGUUGGUCAGAUAUCUAGCGAUGUUAGACAUGAAUUUAUUCUUCUGUCAGAUAUCCUCGGACUAUCUCUCCUAGUCGACGCAAUCGACCAUCCCAAACCCGCCUCUUCAACCGAAGGAAGCGUCCUCGGUCCCUUCCACACCCACGAUGCAGAAGUAAUGGCAUCGGGCGACAAAAUGUGUUCCGAUCCCCAAGGCGACCCCUGCAUCGUUCUCUGCACCAUCAAAGACGUCUCAGGAACCCCUAUUCCAGAUGUCAAAAUCGACAUCUGGGAGACAGAUUCCACAGGUCACUAUGAUGUGCAGCACGACAUCCGAGACGGACCCGAUGGAAGAUGCGUGAUGAAAAGUGAUUCCAAUGGAGAAUUCUGGUUCAAGGCCAUCGUGCCCGUUCCCUAUCCCAUUCCGCAUGAUGGGCCUGUAGGUCAGCUUUUGAAAUUUUUGAAGAGACAUCCGUGGAGACCGGCCCAUAUGCAUUUUAUGUUUGAGAAGCCUGGUUGGGAUCAUCUUAUCACCGCAUUAUAUCUCCGAGGCGAUCCAUACGAAUCAUCAGACGCAGUAUUCGGAGUAAAACAAUCACUGAUCGUAGAUUUCGAACCCGCAACCGCUGAGAUCGCGAAGAAGUAUUCAAUUCCCGAAGGAUCAAAAGUCUUGAAACACGAUUUUGUUUUAGUGAGUGAGAAAGAGACGGAAGAGUUGAGAGAUCGGAAUGCCUUGAAGGCUUUGAAGGAUUUGGGAAUGAAAGUAAAGUUGUUGGAUCAUCUACCUGUGCCAGAUCUAGAUUGAGUUGUUGUCAAAGGGGUCACGGCUAAGAUAUGUAAUAAGAAUCAUGAGGGAACGAAAUAAAUACCACCUUUU